CGGGCACUAUUGGGCGUUACGCAGCAGCAGGGGCGGGGCUGGUUGCCAGGACGACGCCUGCCAACAUGGCCGCUGUGUCCUCAUCGGAUUCCGACGGCUGCGGAGCUGAGAGCAAUGAGGCCAAUUCGAAAUGGUUGGAUGCGCAUUACGACCCAAUGGCCAACAUCCACACCUUUUCUGCCUGCCUAGCGCUGGCAGAUUUGCAUGGGGAUGGGGAAUACAAGCUGGUGGUAGGGGACCUUGGCCCUGGUGGGCAGCAGCCCCGCCUGAAGGUGCUCAAAGGACCACUGGUGAUGACCGAAAGCCCGCUACCUGCUCUGCCAGCUGCGGCCGCCACCUUCUUCAUGGAGCAACAUGAGCCCCGGACCCCAGCUCUGGCACUUGCUUCAGGCCCUUGUGUCUAUGUGUAUAAGAAUCUCAGACCCUACUUCAAGUUCAGCCUGCCCCAAUUGCCUCCAAACCCUCUCGAACAAGACCUUUGGAACCAGGCCAAAGAGGACCAGAUCGAUCCCUUAACCCUGAAGGAGAUGCUGGAGAGCAUCCGCUGCCAUGCUGGCCUCUCUCUUUGCAGGGAGACAGCAGAGGAGCCUUUAUCAGUCCAAUCACUCAGUUUUCUGCAGCUGGAGCUGAGUGAAAUGGAGGCAUUUGUAAACCAACACAAGUCCAAGUCCAUCAAGCGGCAGACAGUCAUCACCACCAUGACCACCUUGAAGAAGAACCUGGCUGACGAGGAUGCUGUGUCUUGCCUGGUGCUGGGCACUGAGAACAAGGAGCUCCUGGUGCUUGACCCCGAGGCCUUCACCAUUUUAGCCAAGAUGAGCCUUCCCAGUGUCCCCGUCUUCCUAGAGGUUUCCGGCCAGUUUGAUGUCGAAUUCCGGCUUGCCGCGGCCUGCCGCAAUGGAAACAUCUAUAUUCUGAGAAGAGACUCCAAGCACCCCAAGUACUGCAUCGAGCUGAGCGCCCAGCCUGUAGGACUUGUCCGAGUACACAAGAUCCUGGUGGUGGGCAGCACCCAAGACAGCCUGCACGGUUUUACCCACAAGGGGAAGAAGCUGUGGACAGUGCAGAUGCCUGCAGCCAUCUUGACCAUGAACCUCCUGGAGCAGCAUUCCCGGGGCCUACAGGCCGUCAUGGCUGGGCUGGCCAAUGGAGAGGUCCGCAUUUAUCGCGACAAGGCCCUGCUCAACGUCAUCCGCACCCCGGAUGCAGUGACCAGCCUUUGCUUUGGCCGCUAUGGGCGGGAGGACAACACCCUCAUCAUGACCACACGAGGCGGCGGACUGAUCAUCAAGAUCCUGAAGCGUACAGCAGUGUUUGUAGAGGGAGGAAGUGAGCUGGGUCCCCCACCAGCCCAGGCCAUGAAACUCAAUGUGCCCCGAAAGACCCGGCUUUAUGUGGAUCAGACACUGCGAGAGCGGGAGGCUGGCACCGCCAUGCACCGGGCCUUCCAGACAGACCUCUACCUGCUGCGCCUGCGGGCUGCCCGCACCUACCUGCAGGCCCUUGAGUCCAGCCUGAGCCCCGUGUCCGCAACAGCCCGGGAGCCACUGAAGCUGCACGCCAUGGUUCAGGGCCUCGGCCCCACCUUUAAGCUCACACUUCACCUGCAGAACACCUCGACAGCCCGUCCUAUCCUGGGGCUGCUGAUCUGCUUCCUGUACAAUGAGGCGCUCUAUGCCCUGCCCCGGGCCUUCUUCAAGGUACCCUUGCUGGUGCCAGGGCUCAGCUACCCUCUGGAGACCUUUGUGGAGAGUCUCAGUAACAAGGGCAUCUCAGACAUCAUCAAGGUGCUAGUCCUUCGAGAAGGCCAAAGCGCACCCCUGCUGAGUGCCCACGUCAACAUGCCCGGGAGCGAGGGGCUGGUGGCCACCUGAGCCCUGGGCUGCUGUGAAAGCCCCUGAGGAAUCAGCCAGGGAGAACUGGGCAGGUUCAGUGGCCCCAGGCCCACUCCUCAUGCAGCAGCACGCUGGGGUGACAGCUUGUCUCCCCUCUCCUAAGCACCCCCUUUCUUACACCCCCACCACUGGGCCUAUAGUAGCAGUUAGUGAGUACCCUAAGCGGCUUGACUCCUCCUUCAGGACCAACCAGGCAUUGGUCCACUGAGCUCCUGCUACGCCCUCCUCCUCCCCAGCCUUUUCAGAAACCACCCGGGCUUGGAACAGAGCUCUGAAGUGGUCAAAGUGAGAUGAGCAGGACAGGCCCAGUCAUUCUCCACUGCCACAUCCCUCAUGCACAUCACUCGUCUCCCGCUGCAGGCCAAGGCCAAAACUGGGCUAGGCCUGGCCAGGGAAAUCAGCAGCUCUUCUUAGAUGAGAUUGUGCCUCCUGUUGCUCCCUGGAGAUCCAGAGGCUAGGCUGCAGCCUGC